GAAAAGCAGUUACGCUGAAUCACAUCACAGAGACAAGAAGCAAAGAAAACAAAUCAAUGCCUGUGAUUGUGAAGAACAACAACAAUGGUCCCUUCUCUGUUCCCAAACUAUUCGUCGUGUUCACCCUUCUCUCCAUUCUCUCUCUCGCUUUCUUCUUCUCGACCUCCACCACCAACACCAACAUCAACACCUCACACCCUUCUCUUUCUCUCCAAUCUUCCACCGAUUCAAGCAUCAACGUUUACGUGGCUGAGCUUCCCAGAUCCGUCAAUUACGGUCUCCUCAACCGCUACUGGUCCUUCGGCACCGAUUCCCGACUCGGCAGCGACUCGGAUCGCGAGAUUCGAUCGAACAAUUUGGGGAAAACCCUAGAAUUCCCUCCAUAUCCCGAGAACCCACUGAUCAAGCAGUACAGCGCCGAGUACUGGAUCAUGGGGGAUUUGAUGACCCCUCCCAAACUGCGAACUGGGUCCAUUGCAAAACGGGUUCUUGACGCACGUGACGCCCACGUGGUCUUCGUGCCCUUCUUUGCCACUGUCAGUGCGGAAAUGCAACUCGGUAUGGCAAAAGGGGUGUUCAGGAAGAAGGUUGGGAACGAGGAUUACCAUAGGCAGAGGGAGGUCAUGGAUUUUCUGAAGAAAACCAAAGCUUGGAAGCGUUCUGGUGGCCGAGAUCACGUGUUUGUGCUCACUGACCCAGUCGCAAUGUGGCAUGUUAAAGAUGAGAUCGCCCCAGCUAUUCUCCUUGUCGUGGAUUUUGGUGGUUGGUACAGACUUGACUCAAAAUCAUCCAACUGUAGCUCAUCUGAUAUGAUUCAACACACCCAAGUUUCGGUACUUAAAGAUGUGAUUGUGCCAUACACAAAUCUACUUCCCAGGUUGCACUUGUCAGAAAACCAGGAGCGCCACCACCUACUGUAUUUUAAAGGAGCUAAGCAUCGGCACCGGGGAGGCCUAGUUAGACAGAAGUUAUGGGAUCUAUUGAUUAAUGAGCCUGGUGUUGUAAUGGAGGAAGGCUUCCCUAAUGCCACUGGGCGAGAGCAAUCAAUAAGAGGGAUGAGAACAUCAGAGUUUUGCCUCCAUCCAGCCGGGGAUACGCCCACUUCAUGCCGACUAUUUGAUGCCAUUCAAAGUCUUUGUAUACCUGUUAUUGUCAGUGACAACAUUGAGCUCCCAUUUGAAGGUAUGGUGGAUUAUUCAGAAUUUUCAGUUUUUGUGGCAGUUGAUGAUGCACUGAAACCAAGCUGGCUAGUGAAUCAUAUUCAAAGAUUUUCAAAGGAGCAGAAGGACAGGUUCCGCCAAAAUAUGGCUGGAGUACAGGCCAUCUUUGUGUAUGAUAAUGGUCAUCCUGGUGGAAUUGGACCAAUACCUGUGGAUGGUGCAGUGAAUCAUAUAUGGAAGAAAGUUCACCAAAAACUGCCAGCGAUACAAGAAGCCAUAAUUCGAGAGAAAAGAAAACCACCUGGUGUUUCGGUUCCACGUCGUUGUCAUUGUACUUGAAUUUAACUGGUUAUUUCUGUUUCUCUUCUUUCAAAGGAGCAGUGAUAUGGGUUAAUAUCUGGUUAAAUUUAGCUCCAUAAUGGCGAUUUAUUUUUUUACUUAGAGAGAGAGAGAGAGAGAGAGAGGGGUUCUUAGAUUGUGGAUGCUUACGUGAAUGGUAUAGGAGAAAUUAGUUUCGUUUUCACUUCAUUCUCUUUGCACCUGAAUUGAUAUGUUUCCAUGUUUUU